AUUUGGACGCGAGGCCCCGAGCAGUCUCAGCCAAUCGGAGCUUCAGGGCAGGAUCCCCGCGGCCGUCCGGCAGCCCCGACCGGCGGCGACGCGCGCACCGCUCGUUCCGCAGCCUCCCAGCCGCAGCCAAUCAGAGCGCGCGGACGCGAUCCCUGCCGCAGCCUCAGCCAAUGGCGAUUGGGGGUCGUGACACCUGCAGCCAAUCAGCGCGCCGGGCCAGGAGUCCUCGUGCAGCCAUUGGCGUCCCCCGGCCGCGUGCGUGUGUGCGUGCGUGUCCCGCCGCGCAGCCCCGCCCCUCCCGGUACCGGCGCGCCGUGGCUGUGGCGCCCCCUGGCGGCGCGGGCGGGAGCAGCGGCCGUGCGGUCCCGGAGCUCCGCCGCGUUUCCGGGGUGGGCGGGGGGCUUCCUGGGGGGGACGAGGCCGCCGGUCCCCGGUUCCGGUUCCGGCCGUGUCGUGCAGCCGCCGGGAUGAUCAACGCCAUCCUGGUGUUCAACAACCACGGCAAGCCGCGGCUCGUCCGCUUCUACCGGCACCUGGCGGAGGAGGCCCAGCAGCAGAUCCUCCGCGACACCUUCCACCUGGUGCUGCGGCGCGACGAGCACGUCUGCAACUUCCUGGAGUGCGGCAGCCUGUUCGGCAGCCCCGACUGCAAGCUGAUCUACCGGCACUAUGCCACGCUGUACUUCGUGUUCUGCGUGGACUCUUCCGAGAGCGAGCUGGGCAUCCUGGACCUCAUCCAGGUGUUCGUGGAGACACUGGACAAGUGUUUUGAGAAUGUCUGUGAGCUGGACCUCAUCUUCCACAUGGACAAGGUGCACUACAUCCUGCAGGAGGUGGUGAUGGGAGGAAUGGUGCUGGAGACCAACAUGAACGAGAUCGUGGCUCAGGCAGAGGCGCAGAGCAAACUGGAGAAGGCGGAGGGGGGGCUCUCGGCCGCGCCAUCCCGCGCUGUCUCAGCCGUGAAGAACAUCAACCUGCCGGAGAUCCCGCGCAACAUCAACAUCGGGGACAUCAACAUCAAAGUGCCCAACCUGUCACAGUUCAUGUGAGUGUCCCGGCGCAGGGGGCCGGGUCUGGGGCUGACUCCUCUUGGGAUUCCUCGGUGCAGAAAUGUGGCUGUGGCGGAGCCGUGGUGGUGCUGCUCCUCCAUCCUCCUGGUGCGGGUCUCUCGGUGCCCUCCUGCCCACCCCGCUCCUGCUGGGGCCGUGCGAGGCUGGCACUGGUGUCACGGGGCAGGGCAGCGGGGUGUGAGCUGCUGGGAGCUGCCGGCAUGCCCUGCUGUGCCAGGAACACGUGUAUGUGAGCAUGUCCUUCUCCGAAUAAACCACUGUGUGAACCUG